AUGUUAUUACGACACACAAAAGGAUUCCUGGGUAGCUUUUUAGCAAACAAUUUAAAAACUACUCAGCUGGAAGUGAAUACUGAUUUGCAAACGUCACGAGCAAUAGCUCGUCUGAAAGAGCCACGCAACCUGUUCGCCUUGCCAAAAGAUAAGGAUAAUGAAUGUUCACAGCAGACCGCCCGAUGGCCUGCUGAAUGUCAAGUGUUGGACGACCGAGUGUUCCAUAUUACGUAUGUUCCAUCCGCACCCGAACCGUAUUAUCAGUUCAGCGGGCAGGAAAUUCAGCCGCGGCCGGUUGGUGAAGAAAACGGUGCGGUUGUGUUCUACUAUAAUCCAAUAAGUGCCGUAAACUAUCAUUCAUUAGAUGAAUGUCGAGAGAAUGUGCCUGCAAAAAAAUCACGCCGACGACGACGACGAACACGUUCCGACGAUAGCACAAAUAGUUCUUCCGACGGUGAGAGUUUGUUGUCAGACGAUUCAUGUGACAAAGAUGAUGAAGCACUCUCCGAUGAUUAUUAUUAUGAGAGGCAUGAGCGAAGCACUGAAGAUAUAUUGAAAUCAAAUGUAUUGACCGUAUCAUCGAACCCGAGCACAGCAUAUUGCGAUAGUAAUGCCGAUCGAACACUCAAUAAAAUCAAAAUCAAAAUCAAUAGAGAAAGCAAAAGUAUCAGCAGCACCGAUUUGUCACCAAAUUCGACACAUUUUGAUAGCAAUAAGGCACCUGCACCGACGCUGGCACUGCCAUUGUCAAAUACGAAGCACAAUACCAGCAAUACCAACAAUAUUUCGUAUAAAUCAUUUGGAAAUUGUUUUAAUAUGACACAGUUUAGCCGAUCGUGUGUUGGGAGCUCCAAGUAUUUGAUGAACGCACAUCUGAAUUGCAAUGUCGUGUCUGAUGAUGAUUUAGUGUUUGAGUCACGCUUUGAAUCCGGCAAUCUAGCGAAAGCCAUCAAAAUUACACCCGUUUACUAUGAACUGUACUUGCGACCAGAUUUAUACACCAACAAACACACACAGUGGUUCUACUUUCGUGUCACCAAUGUGAAGAAGGGUUUCACAUACAGAUUAUCGAUUGUGAAUUUGGUAAAAUCCGGUAGUUUGUACAAUGAAGGAAUGCGGCCGCUCAUGUACUCCGAAAUCGAUGCAAAAGAAUCCAAAAUUGGCUGGCGACGUUGUGGAGAGAAUAUCGCCUACUUUAAGAACGAAGACAGCUCUCCAACCAAUGACGACGAUGAUGAGAACAGCACUUACACGCUAACAUUCAAUAUUGAAUUCCCGCACGAAAAUGACACCGUUUACUUUGCACAUAGUUAUCCGUACACGUAUAGCGACCUACAGGACUAUUUAAUGACAAUACAAAAGCAUCCGAUAAAAUCGAAAUUUUGUAAGCUGCGCCUACUUUGCCGAUCACUUGCCGGCAAUAAUGUGUAUUGCCUUACGGUUACGGCACCUGUUGCUGACGAUGACUCAACAAAGAAAAAACGUGCCGUUGUCGUUAGCGCUAGAGUUCAUCCGGGUGAAACGCCAUCCUCAUGGAUGAUGAAGGGAUUGAUGGACUUUCUCACCGGUGAUUCGAUAAUUGCCAAAAAACUACGCCAUAAAUUUAUAUUCAAAUUGAUUCCGAUGCUUAAUCCGGACGGUGUUAUAGUAGGAAAUACACGCUCAAGUUUGACGGGAAAAGAUCUCAAUCGGCAGUAUCGCACCGUAAUACGUGAAACAUACCCGUCAAUUUGGUAUACCAAAACAAUGAUCAAAAGACUGACCGAAGAAUUGGGAGUUGCACUUUAUUGCGAUAUGCACGCUCACUCACGCAAACACAAUGUCUUUAUCUAUGGCUGUGAAAAUAAGCGUGACCCCGAUAAAAAACUAGCCGAACAAAUAUUCCCAUUGAUGUUGCACAAAAACGUUUGCGAUAAGUUCUCGUUCGAGAGUUGCAAAUUUAAAGUUCAGCGAAAUAAAGAGGGAACCGGCCGUAUCGUCGUGUGGAUGCUUGGCGUCACCAAUAGCUAUACGAUGGAAGCGAGUUUUGGCGGGUCGAGUUUGGGCGGCCGGGCGAUGACGCACUUUUCAACCGCUGACUUUGAGCAAAUAGGUCGAGCAUUUUGUGAGACACUUUUGGACUUUUCCGAUGAGAAUCCCAACAAAGUAAUGAAACGCUUGAAACUGAAGAAGAAAAUCAAAAAACUACGCAAACACGAACGCUUGCAAAGGCGUGCUGCCAAAGCACUUGUUGCAAAUGAAGAUCAUCAACAGAUUCGACACGAAAGUAGAUCAUUGAAACCAAGAAUAGAGGAAAAGCUUCGUAUGAAAAUUUUGAGCCGACUUAACGAGGAAGGUUCAAAUGCCGACGAACCAAUGAACAUCAAGCUAUCGGAUUACUCGAGCGAUGAGGGCGAUACGAGCAGCAGUAGUAGCUCUGAAAACGAAUUAAACAUUCUUAACAGCGAUGAAGAAGGGUUUUGCUGUCAGCCAGUGCCAUUAGUUCCACCAUCAUCGCCGGUAUCGCCGACUAAAAAUAGGCUUAAUAAAAGGCUCCAACGGACAAAGGGUAAAACGGUUGGUCGGCCAACGAUAGCAACGUUGAAAAAGUCACAUAAAUAUCAUCGGUCGGCUAUUGAUUUGCCCACGGCCGAACCAUAUUUGGAUUGUACGAGCGAUUGUGAAGAUAACAAUGAGAGUCGCAUGACCUCGACCAAAAAUAGUUUCCGAAUGCAAUUGAAAUGUGGACAACGGGCGCAAACCAGCGACAAAGCAACAACAACAACAACAACGAACGAAUUGGUCGUAAUCUCUGCACAGAAGUCUGAUUCCAACUCCAACACUGAGCCGGACAGUUGCAAAUCGGUGUUAGAAAUAAAGGAGAAAUUCAAUAAUGUGGCCGUAUCGGAAUUGCCAGCAAUCAAGGGAACAAAACGGCAUAGCACUUGGCAAAAUAUGAAAAAAUUCACAAAUGUUGACUAUCAACAAACGGUGGAGAAUCUGAAAGUCAAAUUGUCACUUAAAAAGCAAGUUUGGAGUGGCAUGUCGAACUCGGUCGAUACACACCAUACUACGGACAGCAAUUAUCAGCCGCUAUCGUGGGGGAUUUCCGUUGUAAACAAAAAGAAACAAUUCAAACUUGAUGCCAACGAGGAACUGCUUGUCGAAUGUAGCCAAAAAUUAAUGAUUUGGAAACAAGAUGAAAACAAGCGGAAAAAGCGUGAUAAGCGAAAAAACCUAAAAGUCAAUAACAUUCCGAAAAUUAUAGUGACCAGCGACAAGCUGCCAAGUGUCGAUCACGUGAAAAAAGCAAGAAAGAAAAAAUUACCCGCACUGAAUCGUUCAACAUCCGAAUCGCCCGAAAACACUUUUACACACGGCACCAAUGUUAAAUCGAAAGCAAUUGUUCGCUCCAACACCGAAAUUAUUCAAUCUAAAUCGAGAAACACUCCAAAUAAAUUGCACAAUAAAUUCAAAACUGGUGGUAUCGUUGCGACGGCAGCGUGCUUGAAACCGGUGAAAAAAUUAAAGAAAUUAUCGGAUUUUGCAAAAGUCGAUUGUGUCACGAAUAAUAAACCGAGUUUGGGACCGACCGAUUCGCCAAUUUGCGGUAAAAUUACACUGAAGAAAAUCAAAACUAAAUUUAAAAAGAAGAAAAAUGAUGAAGAAAUGUUGUCGUCGCAACAAUCGAUACAAUCAACUGACUAACAAGUAAAUUCCAAUGUUGUCGGAAUAUAUAUAUAGAGAGAUCUCAUCGGAAUGUUUAUCGUACUUCCCGCUGCAAUGUAUUUGGAAUAAAUAUUUGUUUUUGUGUGUUCAAAGUUUAUGGGAAUAGUAAAUAUAUAUAAAUACAAUUGACAUUGUUCAAGAUUUUCGUUGUUGUUAUCUUUUUCAGCAUUUAUCAUUUAAGGUAGAACACUUAUCGUGCUAUUGUCCAUUUGUUAUCUUUAUCACUUACGUGACUCCUGUGAUUCAUAAAUAAAAGUUUUAUGUAAUUGAGA